GCCUAUCGGUUUUUUGUUUUUCUGUGCUCCUUUAUAUUCUCUUUCUUAUUUUUCGGUAUAGCCCAUAGAAGCCGAUUCAAACUCCGGAGGAGUUGCGAUGUGCGUCGCGCGAGCGCACACACAUGUGAAAUAACAAUUAAAGAGUGUAAAACGACAUGAGCAACGACAACGCAUGUUAAUUCGAAUCGGCUUUGGUCACAUAUUUUACUCAAGAUUCGAUUACUUUGACUGUCGGAAUGUGAGCACUCAGCAGUUAGCACCCAUUAAUGCGCACACUACUUAUUAGAUGUGGUACUGUGUGUCACAAUUUGCGUCGCAAAGCAAACGGCUCUCUGCGUAGACGAAUUUUUUAAAUUCGGAAGAAUUUCUCGCGAUCGCAGAAGGUUCUUGAUGUCAUCGCAGUGGCGGUUUAUGGUUUAUUUUUAUAAAGUACCAUUAUUGAACUGGUCGACCAGCACAGAGAGACACACAGAGCAAAAGUGUAGUGUAGUGAAGUGAACGUUUUCUUUGAAAUCAAUUCUAAAAUGGUUAAUAACCGAUUUAAGUUGGACUCGAAUAACGUUUGUUUUACAUUGAAUAUUUAUUGAACAUAAAUUGUGAACUCGAUCGAGUUAAUGGUGAAAUUUGUGAAAGUUUUUUUUUGGUCAUAUUUAUCCAAAUUCGAUAACGGCGUUGAACAUUAAUUACGCCUUUGAUUAUUUACUUAUCACUCACCAAAUAUACGACACAAUGGAUGACAUGCAAUCCAAAACGACCUCCAGCGUUGAUGCAACCAUCGCUGAUUUUAUAACAAUUCGUGAUUUGUUGAAAGAUUCGAAUCGAUACUUUCAAAAUCGCAUUGAAACGAAAAUAAACACGACUACAUAUGAAGAUUUUGACAAUUUGGAAUACCUUUACGAGAGAACAACAGACGUGCUACGAUUAAUUAACGAAAUUAUUGACAAAUCCAAAAAGGAACCGCUGACAUCAACGACAUUUGAGCAUACAACUAAUAAUAUUGGUGAAUUGGAAGAGAAUACAUCCUAUUUGGAUAUGAGUGUGCGAAAAUAUGAAAGUUAUGAGUUGAAAAAGUCCAUCGGAAAUUCGAAUCGCAAUGAUUAUGUUGAUGUUAGUAGCAAAGCAUCGAAAGAAUGCAAUGAUGAUGAUAAUAUUUACGACAAUUAUAUGGUCGAACGGAAUGGUAAAUGUCCAACGGUUAAUGAUACUGCGGCGGUGACAUCGAUUCAAAACUUGGAUACGUCUUCGAAAAAUGAUGUUGGCAGUAAAAAAGACUGUCCAUUUAACGGUUUACCUGCCGCACAUUUGUUGAUCAUGCACUCGCCAAAAGUGGGCUGGCUCACGAUGCACUUGCGAUGCAAGCGAUUUAUUCGGCAUUUUAAUAUGAAUUUCAAGCGAAAAUACUACACGGGUCUGGUGUCAAAGCAAACGAACACGGACUAUUACGAAUGGUGGCUAUUGAUGUAUGCUGGUGGUACGACCGAUUUGAAGCCAACAGUAUGUCUGCCACUGAACCAGUUUGUAGCAUGUGCGGAUCAGCCCAGGGCCACAAAGAAUGAUGAUAAACGACCCGACGAAUGUAAACGAAAUCCAUGCAAAUUUGAAUUGGACGAGAAAAAUAAAAAAAAGGAUGCAAAAUCGUAUUGUUUUGUCGCUGAAACGCCUGAACACUGUGAGCAUUGGAUCAAUCUGUUGAAACAAUUGAGUAUUGGUCUACCGCACAUUGAGAGUACAUUCACAGCAACGGCACAGAUACGAAAACUACCAAAGCCGCCACUGAAUCUGAAAAACACUGAUAUCGAUCGCUUGACUGGAGACAUUGAUACCGUUGACACCACCGCCACAUCCAGUGCACGGUCAAACAUUGAACGAGACCAUUCCGUCGAUAUUUGCAACUAUAGUGAAGGUGUGUACGAAGAACCAGAAGAAUACUACAAAAAUGUUCCAACAACACCCAAGACGAUAACGAUGACAACAUCAACAACAACAACAACGGCAACAAGCAAGGGGCCAAAGUUGCCAGUGAAAAAAUCACUGUCACAAUCGAUUGCAUCAACCAUUCGAAUCGAUGAUAUUUCAUCGAUUUACGAUACACCGAAAAAACCUGUUCACAAAACCGACGAUGCGAAACAUUAUGAUCUGGUUUCAGUGCAAAAAGAGAAUUGCAAUGAAACAAAAGCGGCAGAGGAUUCAACACAAGACAGCAAUCGUUUAAAAAUCGAUGAUGAAAUUCGUAGUAAAUUAUCGACACAAUUGAAAGAACAAUCACAAAAGUAUUUUUCGGGUCGAAGAACAAAUGAUGAAGAAAUGGUGAGAGAUACGACGACUGACGCCGCAUCCAAUAAAUAUCAACUGAGCGCAAUGCGUAAGUGGCUCUUCUCAAAUCAUUUGGCCAAAUUACGACAGUCGACCAAUCCAACGAAUUUCAUGCGCAAAUCAUCCGGCAGCAGUACAACCGAUACGACGACAGAGAUACAACAUCAGCAGCAGCAACAACAACAAUCAGACAAUCAACAGUUGAGCAAAACAAGUGCAAUCGCACCAUCUUCGGAUGUUCUAAAGCGCUCGUUCAGCGUACAGCCAAAGGGCACCAAAGUUCACAUGAUUAUUAAUCAAUUAGAAGCGAACGGUCAAUUAACUUUAUUAAGUGGUGGUGGCACUUCGCCAACCAAGUGCAGCGCACCCAUGUCUGCUUAGUUUAUAGAUGUUCACAUAGUAAUAAUGUAAUUUGCUUUAAGGAGUCGGUCUUUAUUUGAUAUAUAUGUUUCUGUAAUAAUUAUUGCGUUUUGUGCCACUUUUACUUCCUGUUUGAACUAUAAAUGGUUUUAUUUCACAUCUCGAACAAAAAUUAAUUGAUACUGAAAAAAACAUGUCACUUGAAGAAUGUAGAACAUAUUUGAAGGAAAAUAAAUAAUUUUAAGAACUUUAUUUUGAAGAAAAGAAUGAAGAAUAAAAAUUGUAUUGUUUGUAUUGAACGCACAGAA